AUGCCUGGUGCCAGUUUAAAUUAUCAUUCUUCAUUAUCUGUUGAUGAAACAACAGCAUAUUCUCGACGUAUUCAUCCAUCUCAACAAUAUUAUUAUCAAUCAGUUGAAUCGUCGAGUUUUUAUACGUAUCAAUCUCAAUUAUCAAUACAAAAUGAUCAUCAACAAAAAUCUUCAUUAUCAACAACAGAUACAAAAAAAUGUGAAUGGAAUGAACUUGAAGUUACGGGUAAUGUUCGUAAUUUAUCACCAAUCUUAUGGACAUUAUCACAAUUAACUGUUUUAUAUUUAAAUGAUAAUCAAUUAACACGAUUACCAUCUGAGAUUGCUUGUUUAACAAAUCUAGUCACACUUGAUUUAUCGAAUAAUAAAUUAAGAAAUUUACCAUCAGAAAUCGGUGAACUUAUAUCAUUACGUGAAUUAAAUUUAACAAAUAAUAGUAUUCGAAAUUUACCUUAUGAAUUAGGUAAAUUAUUUCGCUUACAAAGCUUAGGAUUAAUGGGGAAUCCAUUACCAGCUGAAAUAUUUACAAUUUAUACUGAACCAAAUGGUUUACAAAAAUUAUUAACUUAUUUUCUUGAUAGUUUACCAUCAUCUCUUAAUGGUAUAAUAGAAAAAAAAGAUUUUUUUUUCGCUUUUUUCUUUCUUUUCUUUUUUCUCAAUUCACGAUCGCCAUGA